GGGUCACCGUGGGACUUUUAUUCUGCCCCGGUCGCUGCUUCCGCUCAUAUGGCUAAAGAUGGCGAGCGGAUCGGGCCCCGUUUCUGCUCUCUGGACCGAAAUCAACCGCUGCGGACAGAACGGCGACUUUACUAGAGCCCUGAAAGCUGUCAACAAAAUUCUUCAUGAAAAUAAGGACGAUGUGACAGCCCUGCGUUGUAAAAUCGUCUGUCUGAUCCAGAAUGGAGGUUUUAAAGAAGCCCUGAAUGUCAUGAACACACACACUAAAUCACUGACCAGUGACAUGAUCGGGUUUGAGAAGGCCUACUGUGAAUACCGUCUGAACAGGGUAGAUCACGCUUUGAAAACUAUCCAGGGAAUCCCCGAGCAAACAGACAAACUCAAGGAGCUCUACGGCCAAGUGUUGUACAGACUGGAGCGGUAUGACGAGUGUCUGGCCGUUUAUAAAGACAUGAUCAGAAACUCUCAGGACGAUUAUGAAGAGGAGAGGAAGACGAAUCUGUCAGCUGUAUUAGCGGCACAGAGCACCUGGGAGAACACGUCGGCGGAGGAUCUGGGUUUACCGGAGAGCUCGUAUGAGCUGUGCUACAAUGCUGCCUGUUGCCUGAUUGGUCAAGGGCAGCUCAGCCAGGCCAUGCAGAAACUGCAGAAGGCUGAAGAGUUGUGCAGGAAGUCUUUGGCUGAGGAUUCUGAUGUGACGGAGGAGGAUGUUGAAGCUGAACUGGCCAUCAUUCACUCUCAGAUGGCUUAUGUGAUGCAGCUACAGGGCAGAACCGAAGACGCCCUUCAACUCUACAAUCAAGUCAUUAAACUCAAGCCGUCUGAUGUGGGUCUGCUGGCUGUGACUGCCAAUAACAUCAUCACCAUUAACAAGGACCAAAACGUGUUUGACUCCAAGAAGAAGGUGAAACUGACCAGUGCUGAAGGGGUUGAGCACAAACUGGCCAAAAAACAGCUGCAGGCCAUUGAGAUCAACAAAGCCCUGUUGGCUAUGUACACUAACCAGGCCGAUCAGUGCAAUAAGAUGUUGGCAAGCCUGCAGACCCAGAAUCCAGGGCACCCCAGACCAGUUCUGAUCAAGGUGGCCCAGCUCUGCCGAGAAAAACAGCACAACAAAGCCAUAGAGCUCUUACAGCGGUUUUCAGAUCAGCACCCCGAAAGCGCUUCUGGAAUCAAACUCACCAUGGCACAGCUGUACGUGACGCAAGGUCAUGUGACCAAAGCCUGUGACAUCCUGAAGUCAAUAGAGGAGAUGAAGUAUAAACCAGGAAUGAUUUCUGCUCUGGUCACGAUGUACACGCAUGAAGAGGACAUUGACAGUGCGAUCGACGUCUUCACUCAAGCGAUCCAGUACUAUCAGUCAGAGCAGCCGGGGUCUGCGAUCCACCUCUCUCUGGUGCGAGAGGCUGCCAACUACAAGCUGAAAUACGGCCGUAAGAAAGAGGCCACCAGUGACCUGGAGCAGCUGUGGAAACAAAACAAGAAAGACGUCCACACGCUGGCCCAGCUCAUCUCUGCAUACUCGCUCGUGGAUCAAGACAAGGCCAAAGCUCUGAGUAAGCAUCUGCCUUCCCCGGACACCAUGUCCUUCAAUGUGGACGUUGAUGAACUGGAGAACUCGCACGGAGCCACGUAUAUCAGGAAGAAAGCUGCCAAAGUCGUGGGCGAAAGCCAGCCUAAAGAACAGGGUCCAGAGGGUGUUAAAAAGAAGAAGAAAAAGAAGAAAGGUAAACUGCCCAAGAACUACGACCCCAAAUCGACCCCCGACCCGGAGCGCUGGCUGCCGAUGCGAGAGCGUUCGUACUACCGCGGCAAGAAGAAGGGCAAGAAGAAGGAGCAGGUCGGCCGCGGCACACAGGGAGCAACAUCUGGAGCGUGUGCCGAGCUAGACGCCAGUAAAAGCGCCAGCAGUCCGCCCACCUCCCCUCGUCCCGGCUCAGGAACAGGCACCGCCACGAGCAACGCGGUUCCCCCGCGACAACAGAAACCUGCUGCGGCCGGAGCCACUCGCAAGAAGGCUCCGCAGAAGAAGAAGAAAGGAGGGAAGGGAGGAUGGUAGAUAGACGAAACGAUUUCAUCUAACAUUUGGUUUGUUUUGUUUUGAAACUCUGAGAAACCGUUGUAAUAAAGACGCCGCCACCUGCUCCAGUGGCCUGGAGGAUGAAAUGCAAACGUUUUAGUCAUUAAAUUCUGAAGGAUGUGGAAAAGGAAUGUGAUUUUUGAUUGGUGUCGUAUGGAUAAAUUGGGAAUCCGUUGUCAAUGCAUUUUUUUAACCAUCCAAUCCACUGUAUACAUGCAUUACUAUCUAUGUUAAAGAGUCUGGGGCAUUUCUCCUUUGCUUUUUUUCUUUUUUUUUUUUUUUUUUUUUAUAAUAUUUGCUUUUUUUGCCCCCACCCCCCAUAUGUUCUGGACCUGGAGGAUUUCUCUGUUCAUCUUUUGUCUGCUUGGUACAUGAACGCUUAAUAAAGCAAGUGGCUGUUUAUGCAAAGCUGAGAUAUUUAUUUUUUAAAUCCAGUACUCAACGCUGAUUAUAAUUUUUGAACAAACUCUCCUCAGAAACAGAUCUCCAGUGUUAUGUCUUAAUAAAGAGAUUCCUGGAAAAAGCAGUGAA